AACGCAGCCACUGGUAAUAAGAAGACAUUAGAAAAUGUAUUUAUAUGCAUAUACAUGCAUAUCAGAAUAUGUGAACAAUUUUGUAGUCAUUUUGAUACUUUGCCGAAUGUAAUCGGCUAAAAAUGAUAUAAAUAACUGAAUGGAAAUCAAUAUCGAUUUGAUAGAGUGAGACAUGAGUUCUGUCCCAGAAAUGACCAACGAUGAUACACAUUACAAUACGACAAAUUUUUAUAUCGGUUUAGGACUAGCAAUUGCUUCUAGUGUUUUUAUAGGUGCCAGUUUUAUCAUAAAAAAAAAGGCUUUAAUCCAACUCCAAAAGUACGGUGGACUGCGUGCAUCAUCUGGUGGUUUUGGCUAUUUAAAAGAAUGGAUGUGGUGGGCUGGUCUUUUGUCUAUGGGCAUAGGAGAAGCAGCAAACUUUGUUGCAUAUGCAUUUGCACCAGCGUCGCUUGUAACACCAUUGGGAGCUUUAAGCGUUCUAGUAUCAGCGGUAUUAGCAUCCAGAUAUCUUAAUGAAAAACUAAAUCUUUUGGGAAAGAUGGGUUGCUUGUUAUGUAUUUUAGGUUCCAUAGUAAUAAUAUUACAUUCACCGAAAGAAGAGGAGAUCAGCAAUCUAAGCGAACUGGUUAUUAAAAUAAGAGAACCGGGUUAUAUGUUGUAUGUUUUAAUCGUAGUAAUGUCUACCUUGUCCAUUAUCUUCCACUUUGGUCCAGCAUAUGGCAAGCAAAAUAUCUUAAUAUAUAUUUGUUUGUGCUCAUCUGUUGGCUCUUUGACCGUCAUGAGUUGCAAAGGCUUGGGCUUGGCAUUGAAGGAGACUAUCUCUGGUGGGAAGAACGCAUUUGCCAAUUGGCUAACAUGGGUCUUUAUAUUUAGUGUUAUCCUCUGCAUCAUGAUACAGAUGAAUUAUCUGAAUAAAUCACUGGACUUGUUCGACACAUCUAUCGUGACACCAGUUUAUUACGUUUUCUUUACAACUCUAGUGAUAAUAGCAUCCGCGAUUUUAUUCAGGGAAUGGACAAAGAUGAGCAUGGAAAAUAUCCUAGGUGCCUCUUGCGGCUUUCUCAUAGUUAUAAUUGCCAUAUUCUUAUUGAACGCUUUUAAAGAAAUAGAUAUACAUUAUGGGAAUAUCAGGCACAUGUUGAAGCCCAAAAGAGAAAUGCUUUUGAGUUAUAAUUCAAGAUGGGACGAUCAAGGGGGAGCGAACACUAGAGUGGAGUCUCAGCAUUUGCUUAAUCAUACUUAUGUGAAUUCAGAUCUCACUAGGACUGUUUAAAAAUUAUAUUUAUAGAAACGCAUGUAACCUCCAUU